AUGCGUACGUACCCUUUGCUUCUCGUGGCUGCUGCCACCCUCUCUGCUUUGUCUUCAACAAGAUCGAGUUCGAGCUUCGAGCGACUAGCACCAUCUCAUCAGCACCCCCCCCCCCCACAGCGAUUUCUGCGAGAUGGGACGGAGGCAACCGAAGAGGAGAGGGUACCUGACUUCCUUAAGACACCCUUUGAUUCCUUAAUGAAAAAAAUCGAUGAACCACGUAUGGCGGCCUCCAUAAUAAAGCACAAAAAAUUGUUUUUUCAGAAUACAGGCGACAAUCUGCUAAACGACCCAUCAUUUAUCGAGUUUUGUAACAAGAUUAUACAACGCCACAAAAAGGCCAAUCCAGAAAUAGCCAUCGCGAAGGUUCUGGUGAGUCACUACGCUGACGAUGACCUAUUAAUGAUGCUGGAUAUGUCCACAAAGGAUCCAGCCACGACAGAACUCGCGAUGAAGUUGCAAGAUGGAUGGAUAGAAUUGAAGGUCAAACAAGCGGGGGUGCCUACCGAUGAAGUGAUCCACCAUGUGCUUAAGCUUAUAACACUUGAUGACAAUGUGCUAAGCUCCCCACGUUUCAUGGCAUAUUUUGAGCUUUUGAAACGUAAACACGAUACAAAUGAUGAUGGCUUGAAUCUAUCGAUGGCAAUUGGUUUGGGUUAUCGUUACGGUACAAAUGAUGCUGCCUUUUUUGAGAUGCUGGAAAAGUCCACCGAGGAUUCAGCCACGAGAAGCAUCGCCAUACGUAUACAAGAUGGGUAUGUUAAAUUAGGGAUCAAUGCAAAUGUGACUCCCUAUAGCAUGUUACAGAUGCUUCACCUCCAAAAAUAUGAUCACAACGUGCUAAGGACCCCACGCUUCAAGUUGUGGGUCAAAUAUGUGACAACACUACAUAAGACAUUUUUGGAGGAAGCACAAAUGGUGGCGAUGGCGAAGGCUAUGGCUCGUACCAGUGACGAUGACUUUUUAAUGAUGCUGGAUAUGUCCACAAAGGAUCCAGCCACGACAGAACUCGCGAUCAAGUUGCAAGAUGGAUGGAUAGAAUCGAAGGUCAAACAAGCGGGGGUGCCUACCGAUGAAGUGAUCAACCAUGUGCUUAAGCUUAUAACACUUGAUGACAAUGUGCUAAGCUCCCCACGUUUCAUGGCAUAUUUUGAGCUUUUGAAACGUAAACACGAUACAAAUGAUGAUGGCUUGAAUCUAUCGAUGGCAAUUGGUUUGGGUUAUCGUUACGGUACAAAUGAUGCUGCCUUUUUUGAGAUGCUGGAAAAGUCCACCGAGGAUUCAGCCACGAGAAGCAUCGCCAUACGUAUACAAGAUGGGUAUGUUAAAUUAGGGAUCAAUGCAAAUGUGACUCCCUAUAGCAUGUUACAGAUGCUUCACCUCCAAAAAUAUGAUCACAACGUGCUAAGGACCCCACGCUUCAAGUUGUGGGUCAAAUAUGUGACAACACUACAUAAGACAUUUUUGGAGGAAGCACAAAUGGUGGCGAUGGCGAAGGCUAUGGCUCGUACCAGUGACGAUGACUUUUUAAUGAUGUUGGAUAUGUCCACAAAGGAUCCAGCCACGACAGAACUCGCGAUCAAGUUGCAAGAUGGAUGGAUAGAAUCGAAGGUCAAACAAGCGGGGGUGCCUACCGAUGAAGUGAUCAACCAUGUGCUUAAGCUUAUAACACUUGAUGACAAUGUGCUAAGCUCCCCACGUUUCAUGGCAUAUUUUGAGCUUUUGAAACGUAAACACGGCACAAAUGUUGAUGACCUGUAUGUACGAUUGGCGGAUGGUUUGUGGAGUCGUUACGGUACAAAUGAUGCUGCCUUUUUAAUGAUGCUGAAAAUUUCCAAAGAAGCUUCAGCCACGGAAGAACUUGCGACCAAAUUGGAGUCGAGAUGGAAAAAAAUAAGGGUGAAUAAACGGGAGUACCUACCGAUGAAGUGA